GAAACCCAGCGCUUCCCCGCGACAUGGCACGGCACAGCGCAGCGGGGCGGGACAGGAUGGGGCUUUUAAGAGAGGAGCUCCGGGCUCCUCUCUGCAGCGUGCGAGCCGAGCCGAACCGGGUCGAACCGAGCCUGAUCGAGCCGAGCUGAGCCGUGCUGAACCUACCCCAGCCGAGCCGAGCCGAGCCGAGCCGAGCCGAGCCGAGCCGAGCCGAGCCAUGCAUCUGGGCGUGCUGCUCCGCCUACCGCUGGCGCUGUCGCGGGCAGUGCUGGCGGCGCUGCGAGGACGGCUGGGCGCCCUGUGCUGGAGCCUGGCGCCUCUGUCCCUGUCUCUGUCCCUGCCCUUGUCCUUGUCCCUGCCCGGCUGGCGACGGGGACCGGUCCCCAGCCCCGCCGCCCCUCCGCCCCCCCGCCGGCAGCGGGAGCAGCGGGACGAGGCGGCCCCGACGCCCACCAGCGUCAACUACCACUUCACCCGGCAGUGCAACUACAAGUGCGGCUUCUGCUUCCACACCGCCAAGACCUCCUUCGUGCUGCCCCUGGAGGAGGCCAAGCGGGGGCUGGAGAUGCUCAAGGAGGCGGGAAUGGAGAAAAUCAAUUUCUCGGGAGGAGAACCGUUUCUUCAGGACAGAGGCGAAUUUGUAGGCCAGCUUGUCCAGUUCUGCAAAGAGGAGCUGAAGCUGCCAAGUGUCAGCAUCGUUAGCAACGGCAGCCUGAUUAGAGAGCGGUGGUUCAAGAAGUACGGUAAAUAUUUGGACAUUCUGGCAAUUUCAUGUGAUAGUUUUAAUGAGGAGGUCAACGUUUUAAUCGGCCGUGGUCAAGGAAAGAAGAACCAUGUGGAAAAUCUGCAUAAACUGAGACAGUGGUGCCGCGAGUAUGCUGUUGCUUUCAAAAUAAAUUCUGUGAUCAACAGAUUUAAUGUUGAGGAAGAUAUGAAUGAGCAGAUCACGGCACUCAACCCUGUGCGCUGGAAGGUGUUCCAGUGCCUGCUCAUUGAAGGGGAGAACAGUGGUGAUGAUGCCCUGAGAGAAGCAGAGAAAUUUGUUAUCAGUGAUGAAGAGUUUGAGCAAUUCCUGGAUCGCCACAAAGAUAUCUCCUGUUUGGUGCCAGAAUCUAAUCAGAAGAUGAGGGAUUCAUACCUCAUUUUGGACGAAUACAUGCGUUUUUUAAACUGCAGAAAUGGACGGAAAGAGCCUUCCAACUCUAUCCUGGAUGUUGGUGUAGAAGCAGCUAUAAAAUUCAGUGGAUUUGAUGAAAAGAUGUUCCUAAAACGAGGAGGAAAGUAUGUGUGGAGUAAAGCAGACAUGAAAUUGGACUGGUAACUCAAUAUACUGAAUUGUGACAAGUCCAUUCCGUAAUGAAAAUGUGUGUGUACAUGUGUAUAUGUGUAUAUGUAUAUAUGUAUAUAAUGUUAUUAAGUACAAUAUGGUAUACUAUACAGACUGAUGUUCAGUGCAAUCCUAUAUUUGAAAGUGUUAAAUGUUUUUAGGAUGUAGAUUAUGUUCUUAUCUGUUGUUGGGUUGAACAUUAUCAACUACUUACAGUGUUUUCAUAUAAAUAGAUCUCUGAAAUCUACUUACUGUUCCGUUGUAUGAAGGACUUAAGGGCAAACUGUUAAGAUACUGACACACAGGAAACAGUGUUAAGAUAAUAGAUAAGGUGUGCUGGCAGGAAAACAAACCAAAAUUAAAACAUAAAAAAAUAAAAAAUAAAAAUCUGCGAUUCAUUAUAAACAGCUGUAAUGACUGGUAAGUGGAAACCCCUAUCUGGAAAUGUUUUCUGCAUAGGUCGUUAUGGACAGGUUGUUGCAGUUCCUCAGUAGCUCACAAGAGGGCCAACUGGCAGACCGUUGGAAGCAGCCCUCGUCUUUUUCAGAAGCAAUAGAAGGUCAGAAUCUAGUUAUAAUUUUCUAUAAUAAACAAUAUAUUUAAAAGGAAAUCAAGAUUAAAAAAAUGACAGUUUUCAUGCUUAAAGACUGAACUGUAAAAACAUCUGUUGUUUUUCUCCCUCUCCUCCGUAUACACAUAUGUUUUUUGCAAAAAUGUUGGGAGAUGUAAUUUUCUCUGAAAACAUUUUUUUUAGUCACGAGAGAUUAUUACAUUUUUCCUAAAACAUGAAAGUGAAUUUUACUCGAUAAUGAGAAACUUGUUAUUUCACAUUGGCAAUGACCUUACUUCUAACAAAUAUUUACAGGGGAAAGAAUGUUUGCAUUUUAUUCAUAACUUCCUCCAUUUUCCUUUUAUCUGCAAAUAUUGAUUUAUUAUUGUUUAUCAGCCUCAUACAUACAGUUCUGUUGAAGACCUCCUCUGAAAUGAAUGAAUAAUAUGUAACAUACUUCAGAUGUAUCUUCUCUUGAAUACUGGCACUAUUACUCUCAUGCUUUUUAUUUUGCUAAGGCAUGGUGUUGCAAACAACUUAUAUCAUGUACCUUUCUUUUAAAGGUUACUUGCUUUUCACUUUUGGCUUGAUUGCCAACACGCAGAUGUUAAGUGAACCUAAUUGGGCUUUGUGAUAGCUGUCUGUGAUUUGAAGUGAUGGCAGCACCAACAUAAAAUAGAAAAUAGUUUAAAAAACCUACACAGGCAAUAAUUAAAUAUGCUGCCUGAUUUCUUGGUCUUCUGACAAUUUUGUAGCUUUAUAAUUACAGUUUUUCAAAUGUAACUUGUCCCACCCCUCUAGAUCUCUGUAUGAAGGGCACAGGGAUGAACAUUGCACAAAAGAGAAGUGAGCUGGCACUACUCAUUCUUACUGUCUGCUGAACUUGAUACCUAGAUUCAUGUGUUUAAAUAUUUGCAGUUCAGCACGCAUUUAAUGUACAGUGUAGAGAAAAUUACACCUUCUUUCCUUUUCCUGAUUGUAUUGGUAUUUUUAAAGGGUUUUUCAAGAGAAAUGUUUUGCAUUCACCUACUACACCUUCAAAGUUGAAAGGGAAAACACUUAAAAUAAGAGCUGCUACUUCUGAGUAGAAAAUGGUGCAAUCUCUGAAAACACAGUGAAAAUGUUUCAGUUUAUAAUUCCUUCAGUUUCUAUUUUUACUGUCCUGACUGUAAAUAUACUGUCUCAAUGGUGCUCUUUUGUCUUUUUUGCAUUUCACAGAAUAAUCACAACACUUCCAAUACGUUUCAGUAUUUUUUUUCUUGUAUUAAUACUAAGUGACAUUUUAAAUGUGGCCCACACACAUUAACCCCACAGUCUUUUGGCAGCUGUUUCGCUGACCUCAGUUGGAGUUUUGCCUGAGUAGCAACUACAGGCAGCGCAAAUUUGUGUAACUGUGGUGGUUGACUUCGUCUGUGUUCCCAUUGCUCAAACGUUAAGUCUAGCAUCUUCCUCAGCACUGACGCUGCAUGGUAGAAAAGAAGUAUUUUCCUUUGCUGCUGGCUCAGUCCCAGCCUGAGGAAAGAUUUAGUGCAUCAAUGUAGCACUAAAUCUACCAGCUUGCUGCUUCUGCAGAAAAUGCCAGCCGUAUCGCAGCACACAGAUGCGAGGCGCACAAACUCCCAUUCAGAGCCAGAAAUCCUGCCAUUCUUCCCCGUGCAUUUUUCUCUGUAAAUGGCUAUUGUGCUGCAAGAGAUCCUCUGUGCCUGAGGAGGAAGCUGCAAGAUAAACAGAAGGUAGCUGAAAACAUGAAAAUGCCUUAAAUAGUUUAAAUGUUAAGACACUGAAGAUGGCUUUUAUCAUAAGGCUCCCAUUUCUUAUUUCUUAAAAUUUUAAGGAUUUUACAUUGCAUCUUGCUAGCAUAUGUAAUUAAGGAAAUGUUUCUGCUCUGUAUGAUACUCUUUUCCAAAGAAAAUGCCAGUUGUGUACAUUGCAAAUGAAGAAUUCGACUAAAACAAUUUGACAACACGUUGAAGUUAAUAAAUAGCUAUUGGUAUUUUAAUAUGCAAAAUUUGUUUCUGUGUGAAAAUAAUAAUAAAAAAGUUGGCUGCAUCUCGAUUAACCUGUAUAUAUAUACAUAUUUUAAUCUGUAAACAUAGUUCAUUUUGGACUAAAAAAUGGAUUUGAGGCUUUUAUUUUGUACUUGGGCCUAACUUUCAGCAUGGGACUAGAGGAAUAAUACUGAAUUCAGUAGGGGUACUCCCAGACUGAAAGAUUACAUGUGCAUUGUGACCCUGAAGAGUCAGGAUUUAAAUUUAAGUCCUGUAAACACAGAUAUGCUUGAUUGUAUUUUCAUGUGUAAUCCCGUAACACUGCAGCUGAGCACUUGCUAAAAAUGCUGGAUCAGGCAGUAACUUACAUUGCCGUUUACUAGCAUUAUGCAGCUAUUCAUAUUUUAAAAAUUUGUAGAGAUGAAAGUUUGGGAGAAUGAAUUGAUUCAGUAAAGAAGUGAUUGUAUGUAUGAAUAUACCUUGAGUAAUGAAUAAAACUGUCAUUUAAGAUGCA